AUGGACAUUCUCGAGCGUUCAUACGACUAUGGAACUUCGCCGCUAACACCGAGUUCGUAUUCCUCAGCACUCCACACGUAUCUUUUUGGAGGAAGCCACAUUGCUCAUUCUCUAUCACCUCAAAUCCAUUCUACUCUGUUCAGGUCAAACUCAACACAAUGGAGCUACGAUCUGUUUGCGAGUACGAGUAUGGAAGAGUUCAAAGAAAAUAUUCAGAGCCCAACCUGCAUUGGAGCAUCUGUAACCAUGCCUAACAAAGUAAAGUUCAUAGCAGCCAUGGACGAAAUCACAGAGGAGGCCAAAGCGAUUGGGGCAGUAAAUACAGUGUUUAUCCGUUUAGGCGAGAAUGGUCGCCGCCGGUACAUCGGGACCAACACGGAUUGUAUUGGUAUUCGGGAUGCUCUGCUUCUCAAGGCCCCCGACGCCGCUUCACGCUCCCGCGGCAAGCCGGCUCUCGUAAUCGGUGGUGGAGGAGCAGCCCGGAGUGCAAUCUUUGCACUGUGGAAAUGGUUCGCCCCAUCGCAGAUCUACAUUGUCAAUCGUUGGAAGGACGAGGUGGACGCAAUUGUCGCUGACAUGGGACGACAGAUUCCAGAGGCACAGCUGCGUCAUGUUGAAACUGCAGAGAGCGCCAGCACGCUCACCCCGCCGGUCCUGGUAGUUGGGACCAUCCCUAACGCUGAACCUGGUACCGAAGAAGAAAUCUCAGCUUGGAAGACCUGCACUACCUUCUUACAACAGAAUCAGCACGGCGUUCUGGUGGAUAUGUGCUACUUUCCUGCCGAAACAAGGCUUACCACGCUGGCAGAAGCAAACAACUGGACCACGAUAAAGGGAGCAGAAGUACUAGUUCAGGUCUCGAAGUCCCAGCAGAUCCUGUGGCAGGAACGCGAGUGCGGGGCAAGUGACCAGGUGGAAGCAUUGAACGCGGUCAUCUUUGGCUCCUCCAAUCAGUGA